CUUCUUAAUCAUCUUUAAGAAUUAAAAAUCAAUAGUGAGUGUUUCAAAACAAAGUAUCUGCGUUUUUCAUCCCAGGGUAUUGAAGAUAUUUACUUCAAAAUGGACGACAAGAAUAAUGAUCACUGCUUUGUUAUUGGAGGCUCUUCUUCAAGUGAAGUUGUCAAAAGCAUAGCUUCAAGCACAUGUGUGAAAAAAGAGGAUAUUGGUAUAAAAACAGAGAGUUUUGAAGAGUUUCACUUCAAAGUGGGUGACAAUAACGCUCAUUGCUUUGCUGUUGGAGGUGGUUCUACUCCAAACAGAGGAUUGAAGAAUAUUGAACAAAUUGACGUAACCUCACCACAAGAUAUGGAGCAGAAAGAAAAGUCAAAUUCAGAUUGUAUAUUUACUAUUAAAGAAGUGACAACAGAUGGCCGACCAUGGAAUGCUAAAAAAGUAAAUGCGACUAAAACUGAACCUUAUGAGCCUUAUCAAUUUGUGGGACUUUAUAUCUGCAAUGAACAUAAUGGAGUUAGAUGUCUCGGAAGGGUUAUUGGCUACAGUCCUGAAAAAAAUAAUAAGCUCAUAGUUCAGUAUAAAGAAGAUGGGAGGAUAGAAUAUAUGAACCAACUUGAAGCUUUGUAUGGUAUGGCAAAAAGUGAGGACUUUUUGCUAGCUCAGCCAACACCAUAUGCAAGAAGGACUUCAAAGAAGAAAAUUGAUAAGAAAAAGGUUGACAAAGAAGAGGAUCAACUGCAGCCAAGAAAAAAAGCAACUAGUUCGGGAGGUCGGAGUAAAUGAAGAGAAUUGUGCAGCAGUGGAGAAUAAUUAGCUUGACAAAGUCUCUUGAACCUCAAAUUAUUUUAUGAUAUUGUCAAACUAUUGUGUGUUGUCUUAUUUGUGUUUAUUAUGCUUUCCUUCAUUUUGGUACUCUAAUGAUUAUACAAGUUUAUUAAACUUGUAUGUAUUUCCUUGAUUCCUUUAAAGUGGAUAUAAACUUGGAUUGCUUUAUAAA